AUGACACCAGUAGCCCAAAUCCCCAUCGUGGACUCCCACAUCCACCUCUUCCCAGCAACGCACCUAAAAACCCUCUCCUGGCACAGCGCCAACAACCCACUGGGCACCCAACACAGCGUAAACGAAUACCGCCACGCAACAACACAAUCCAACACCCCGUCCCUCCUCCGAGGGUUCAUAUUCCUCGAAACAGACCGCCUCUCCUCAAUAACUGACUCAACCCCACCCAACCACGGCUGGCAACACGCCUUGGACGAAGUCUCCCUCCUCACACGCAUAGCCCUCGGCACACCGAUCCCAGGCGAGGGCCACGUCCCGCACGACAAGACCCUCUGUCUUGGGAUUGUGCCGUGGGCGCCUGUGCCCGGCGGGCCGGAUGUGCUGAGCGCGUAUAUGGAGCAGGUUCGCGGCCGCACUGGGGAGGUGGUUUGGGGGAAGGUUAGGGGGGUUAGGUAUUUGGUGCAGGAUAAGGUUGAAGGGACGAUGCUGGGGACUGGGUUUGUGGAGAGCUUGAGGUGGUUGGGGAGGGAGGGGUUUGUUUUUGAUCUUGGGGUUGAUGCGAGGUCUGGGGGGUUGGGACAGUUGAGGGAGGCGGUUGAGAUGAUGGGGUUGGUUUAUGGGGGUUUGGAGGGGGGUGAGGCGGUUACCAUUGUUAUUAACCAUUUGUGCAAGCCUAACCUUCGUUUGGUGUCGGAUGAUAUUCGCUCUCAUCCGGAGUUCAUUGAGUGGAAGGAUCUUGUGACUAAGAUGGCGAGGGCGAAUCCUAGGACUUAUAUGAAGCUUUCUGGGGCUUUUUCGGAGCUUCUACCGUUAGAGGCGGAGCCGGAACCUGAUUUUGGGGCAAUUGUUGAACGCGUACAGCCAUGGACUGAUGUUGUUUUUGACGCUUUCGGGGCGGACCGGGUUAUGUUUGGAUCGGACUGGCCGGUGUGCAAUGUUGGCGGUGGUGGGAAUGAUGUCUCUUGGGGUAGAUGGAGACAUGUGGUGGAGGAGGUUUUGGAACGGAGGGGAUUGUCUGAGGAACAAAAGAGCGGUGUAUGGGGAUCUGUUACCUUGCAUGCUUAUGGUAUAGAGAUCUAG